AUGUUGAUGGUGAGGGCACGUCACGUGACCCCGUCGGUGCUGCCCGAUAGGGUGAGGGCACGUCACGUGACCCCGUCGGUGCUGCCGAUAGGGGUGAGGGCACGUCACGUGACUCCGUCGGUGCUGCUCGAUAGGGUGAGGGCACGUCACGUGACUCCGUCGGUGCUGCUCGAUAGGGUGAGGGCACGUCACGUGACUCCGUCGGUGCUGCUCGAUAGGGUGAGGGCACGUCACGUGACCCCGUCGGUGCUGCCCGAUAGGGUGAGGGCACGUCACGUGACCCCGUCGGUGCUGCUCGCCGCCCGUGUGGAGCGCGGGGCGCAGCUGCAGGCGGACGGCUCGCUGCUGGUGUGGUUCGUGAGCGACCUGGCGGCGGGGGUCUACAGCUGCACCGCCCACAACAUCCUGGGCUCCAGCGGGGCCUCCCCCCCCACCCUGGUCCACGUCAAGGACCCGCCGGUGUUUGUGGAGGAGCCGGAGGCGCGCUACGUCCAGGAGGUCGGCCGUGAGCUGCGGCUGCCCUGCUCGGCGCGGGGAGACCCCACACCCAUCGUCUCCUGGAGCAAGAUCUCCUCCUCCUCGUCGUCAUCGGAGCAGCAGCAGCAGCAGCAGCCGGAGUCUCGGCCGGCCUCCUCGUCGACGCUGGCCGACGGCGCACUGCUCCUGGCACCCGUGCGGCGGGAGCACCACGGCGAGUGGCGGUGCCGCGCCGCCAGCGCCGUGGCCGUCAUCGCCGCCCACAUCCUUCGUCGCCGUCACGGGAACCCCUCCGCACGCCGUGACCAACGUCAGCGUCACCACCACGGCCUGCACCGCCAACGUCUCCUGGGGCGCCGGCUUUGACGGCGGCGCAGCUCAGAGCUACUCCGUGUGGGUCAAGCGAGCGUGGCUGGGAGCUUACGACUGGCAGCAGCACUUCCUGGGCCUUCCAAGUGGUGGUGGCGGUGGUGGCGGUGGUGGUGGUAGUCGUAGUGGUGGUAGUA